CCCAGGCUAACACAUGUCGGCAACAUGGCUUCCACAUACACCACCAUGACAAGUUUGCUCUGCAUUUUAUCCGUUUUCCUCCUCGUCCUUAGUCUCUAUAGCACCCAGGCUGCGGAGGAUGCAGUGGACGUGGCCCAUGACACAAAGGAUGCCACUGAUCAGGUCGAUUUAGAGUACGCCAAGGGGUCUGUCUGUGGCUACUGUAAAUACUGUAAGUUCUGUAAAAAGUGUGAUAUGUGUCCAUGCACGGCGAGCAAGAAGGAACCAAACUGUCACAUGUGCAAGUACUGUAAAUAUUGUCACCUAUGCUCAGCAUUAUGCGAUACAAUCUGUCAGCCGGGCGGCGUCCUCGACAAGAUCACUUCAAAAAUAGUCAGCGCCCUGCCGAGUUUCAACCAGGAAGAAGUGGAGAAUGAUCUUGAUGGAGUGAAGGAUUGGAUCAAGAAGGAAGAACUAUAAAGCACGAACUUAGCCAUGGACACGAAGGGCCUUCACCUAGCUGACACCAUUCGCCAUCCACCGUGCACCAUCAUGCGGCUGCACCAUCAUUCAAUCCCAUUGUAAUGGACCAAGUCUCAUCGUCAGAAAGCAGUUGUAUGAUCAAACAGUGGAGGAUAAUGCGUAUUUCGUGUGAUUUUAAAUUCUUUUUUUAUAAAUGUAUGUUAAAGUGGUAUUUGACGUAUUGAUGGUUAGUCUGAACCACUCCACCGAGAAUCUCAGGCUCUUUUCUUUGCUUUAAUAGUAUUUAUUGGUCAAGUUAAGGAAGCCCAAUGUAACUUUUUAUAUGUAAAUGUAACCCAUACGCGUUCAGUUUCUGUCCAUGUACAUUUGGCAACAUUACCCAACGAAUUCUGUAGCAUUUAAUCGCCAUAUCUCCUUUUGAAUCCUAGAAGUCCUGUUGUCAUCAUUGUCAGAACUUCCAAUCUAGGCCAUGGCGGUUUUGCAUGAUAUUCUUCCACGGUUGCAUGCGUAAUAGGUCUAGAGGUCAAGCAUUCAACCGCUAAACGUCUUUAUGUCUGUGUUACAAUAGCACAUUGGCAGUUUGUUGUCGUUGCUGAAGUGAUAUUCUCCUAAUAUUGGAAAAAAUGUCAAAGCGAGACAAAAAGCUGAAAAUUAUUUAUGUGUUGUUGGCAACAUUACACGUUGAUUAUUGAUUAUAUACAGCAUGCUUUGGGACAUUAUCAUAUUUUUAAUUUGUAGUAUACAUGUUAUGUGUAUUUUGUUGUGGACACGGUAGUUAAUCGUCACUGUACCAUGUCCAUACCUGUAUUCAGGGCGACAUUUCUGAGAAAAAAAAUAAAAAGUGCAAUAU